CUCUGUUUGUCGCUACCGACGCCGCGGGGACGGCGGAUGCGGCCCCGCUGAGGAGCUCCGGGAGGGACCCCCAGCAGCGAGGGGGUGCUGCCCACCCUCGGGGCCCUGCUCUGCUCCCACCCACCAUGGAGACCCUGCUGCUCUUCCUCGCCCUCCUGGGGGCCAGCGGCACCGAGCAGCUCUUUGUGGGGGACCAGGUCCUGCGUGUCACCGCCAGGAACGAGGAGCACAUGGCCCUGCUCGGGGUGCUGGGCGAGCAGGAGGAGCUGCAGGUGGAUUUUUGGCGUCACCCCAACAGCCUUGGCCACCCCGUGGACCUGCGGGUGCCCUUCCCCAGCCUCCAAGGAGUCAAAAAUUUCCUGAAUUCCCAUAAUAUUUCCUACAGCAUCAUGAUUGAGGAUGUGCAGGAAUUAUUGGAUGAAGAAAAGGAAAGCAUGAGGCGGUCUAGGAGGGUAAAGAGAAGCUCCAGGAUGUUGGAUUUCGCCUCCUACCACACGAUAGAUGAGAUCUACGGGUGGAUGGAUGUCCUGGUGGAGGAUCAUCCCAGCCUCGUCAGCAAGAUCCAGAUCGGGCAGAGCUACGAGCACCGGCCCCUCUACGUGCUCAAGUUCAGCAGCGGGGGGUCGAAGCGCGCGGCCAUCUGGCUGGACACCGGCAUCCACGCGCGGGAAUGGAUCACCCACGCCACCGGGCUCUGGACGGCCAACAAGAUUGCCAAGGAAUACGGGCAGGACCCGUCUGUCACGGCCAUCCUGGACAGCAUGGACAUCUUCCUGGAGAUUGUCACCAACCCCGACGGCUUUGCCUUCACCCACAGCUCUAACCGCCUGUGGCGCAAGACCAGGUCCAUCAACGCCGGGUCCCGCUGCGUCGGAGUGGAUCCCAACCGAAACUGGGAUGCUGGGUUUGGAGGUGCUGGCUCCAGCAGCAACCCCUGCUCCGAGACCUAUCACGGCCCUCACGCCCACUCUGAGAAGGAAGUGAGAGCCAUCGUGGAUUUCAUCCGCGCCCACGGGAACGUCAAAUCCGUCAUCUCCAUCCACAGCUACUCCCAGAUGCUGCUCUUCCCCUACGGAUACAGGAGGGCGCCCACGCCCGACCACCAGGAAAUGAAUGAACUGGCCAAGAAGGCCGUGAGCGACUUGGCCGCCGUGUUCGGGACGAAAUACACCUACGGCAGCAUUGCCAACACCAUCUGUGAGUGUCCCUCCCUCAUCCCGCGGCCAAUCCCUCGGGAACGGGCUCCCAUCUGGGCUCCUCUCCCUGCAGACAUGGCAGGAGGCACCACCAUCGACUGGGCCUACGACAACGGGGUGAAAUAUUCCUUCACCUUGGAGCUGAGGGACUCGGGGCGCUACGGAUUCCUGCUGCCCAGCUCCCAGAUCGUCCCCACCGCCACCGAGACGUGGCCGGCGCUCCUGGACAUCAUGGUGCACGUCCUGGAGCAUCCCUACUGACCCCAGCACCUCCCACAGCAUUCCCUCCUCUCAAUAAACCCUCAU